AAGGAGAAUCAGCUAAGGCAAAUGCCUUAGCUGGUUUGGAGAUUGCCAACAACAAGAAGUGGGGAGUUCACUUCCUACAAGGAAAGCUCUUGAAUGUGAGGGAUGCAACAGUACAACAAGUUGCUCAAAAUGAGGAGGUCCAAGCCUUGAUGAAGGUCUUCGGACUGGAACAAGGUAGGACCUACGAUUCGUUAAGCAACUUGGAGUACAGAAGUUUAUUGAUCAUGGCCGAUCAAAAUCUUGGGGGAAGUCAUUAA